CGCAAAACGAGCAGGAGUAGCAGUAGCGCGCACGCGCCGAGACCGGCGCGCCGGGCAGCCGCAGCCCGCGUCGGGACCCCACACCUUCGUAGGGAAGCGCCUCGCCCCAGGAGCGGGCUGCCGGGCGGCCCUGUACAAAGCUUGAAAUUGGGGCUGGGAUUUGAACCAGGCUUGAACGAGGCGCCAUGGCCAAGGGCGACGCGACGGAGCGGCGCGCGCGUCAAAGAAGAGCGCCCGACGGCGCCGACAAGGCCCAGCUCGCGAGCGCCUGGGCCGCCGCGGGGCACCUCCCGAAGCUCGACGCGAAAUUGAUCGAAAAGGCGCUCCCCGGCGGCAAGGCCCAGAUCGGCGCCUACGAAGUUACAAGAGUACUAGGAGAAGGGGAGUUCGCCACGGUCUAUAGCUGUAUCAGAAAGUCGGGCGAGGGCGCGGGCGCGAAGGUCGCGUGCAAGGCCAUUAAAAAAUCCAAGGUCGAGCGCGCGCGCGGCGGGUCGAUCCUGAAGGCCAAAAGGAACAUUGGGAGGGUCAAUCUGGAGGUCGAGGCGAUGAACCGAUUACGGCAUGAAGGCGUGUGUCGGUUGUACGAAGUUGUCCAAUCGUCUUCAUAUGUGUACUGCUUCAUCGAGGCCGGGGAACGCGAUCUUUUCAGUUUUCUCGAUGGCCAUCCCCGCGGUUGUCCGGAGCCGGUGGUCGUGGCAAUAGCUAGGAUCGCGGCGCUGGCCUUGCGACACUGCCACCAGCGGGGCAUCGCGCAUAGAGAUGUAAAACCAGAAAACGUGCUCGUGCUGGGCUCGCCGGCGACGUGGGGCAAGGGCCUGCCGGACGCGGGCAUUAUUAAGUUGUGCGACUUUGGGCUCUGUGCCGACAUAUCAUCAGGCCACGAGCUGACCGAUUUUGUCGGAAGCCCGGGCUUCUUCGCGCCGGAAUUGUUCUGCGAGGCGUCGUACCGGGGAGAUUUGGCCGACGCCUGGUCGCUGGGGUCUGUGGUACUGGAGUGCGUCCUCGGCCACCGGGCCUUCGACGAUUUGUGGUGUCCCCCAUAUGAUGAUUUGAAGGACCCGAACGCUUUUAGGGAUGCGGUGGACGCUGCGGUGGGACGGGUGAAGCUCGGCGGCCCGAACGGGCCGCUCCCGCCGAAGCUCCAGCAGCUCGUGUCCCAAUUCUUGCGCGUCGACCCGACGAUCCGCGCGACGGUGACGGACAUGUGCUCCCGCCCGGAGUUCGACCUGAUGCGUCUGCGCCUGUGUCUAGAUCAAACUUCACGGCGCGUUCGUGCUGAAUCGUCGCGUCGACCUCCACGCCAUCGACGCGACGCCUGCUCGAUAGCGUGGCGGUGGCGAUUCCUCAUCGCUCGGCGGAGCCAGCACGGCCGCGUCGUCGCCGAGAAAUGACUUCGUGAAGAGCAGGCGACUCACCGGUUGAUUUCCACACAGGCCCGGACAAAGACGGCUGCAUGUCGAUGCUGCGGCUUACGUACGAUCAUACGCCCAGAUUGGAGGAGAACACCGUCGCCCGGCGCAAAGCGUUCACCAGUCGGAGUUCUCUGAAGACCUCGCCGGGCGGGGACCUCUCCGACGCCUCCGUCGUCUCGACGUCGUGCGAGUCGCCGACGAAUUUCCCGGACAUUCCCAAAGUCACGCCGGGGAAAUAGCAGCGCUGACGCCGGCCCUAUCACCUGCCAGGCCCCGAAGGGCCCGACACCAAUGCAACAUCGACCAACCAAUUAGUUGUCCAAAAUAUCCUAACCUGAUCCUUAUCCAUUACACUAGUUCCUGACGCCAUCGACGCAGGCCCGGGCCCACCGAUCUCAGGCUCCCCGUGGACCGCGAGUAGAGAAGCUCAAGAUACAG